AUGGUUUUUCGAGCGAAAUUCAAGGCUGAUGGCUCACUUGAUCGCUAUAAAGCUCGUCUUGUUGCACAAGGCUUCACACAACUUCCGGGUUUUGAUUACUGCCAUACUUUCAGUCCAGUUGUUCAAGCUUCUACAAUUCCAGUCGUGUUAUCCAUUGUUGUUUCCAAUAAUUGGCCUCUACAUCAGUUGGAUGUCCAAAAUGCCUUCCUGAACGACGUUCUAUCCAAGGCAAUAUAUAUGGAACAACCCCCUGGCUUUAUUGAUCCUCAAUUUCCAAAUCAUGUAUGCCGUCUUAAAAAGGCAAUAUAUGGCCUAAAGCAAGCUUCUCUUGCGUGGUAUCAACGACUUAGUGAUUUUCUCGUACACGUUGGAUUUUUCUAUGACUUGAAAUCUUUCAUCUCUCGCCUUCAUCAAGAAUUUGCCAUCACUGACCUUGGAAAACUUGGUUAUUUUUUUGGUCUUGAAGUCACUUAUACUUCUUCAGGCAUUUUCUUGAAUCAGGCUAAAUAUGCUCGUGAUAUCCUUCAACGAGCAUCUCUUGAAGAGUCAAAACCUGUCUCUACACCCUUGGUUGCAGGUUGCCAACUUUCAACGGAUGGCCAGCCAUUUGAGGAUCCUACUUUAUAUCGGUCAUUAGUUGGAUUGCUACAGUACCUGACAAUUACACGUCCUGAUUUGUCCUUUGAUGUAAAUCUUGUUAGUCAGCAUCUUCAACAUCCAACCAUUGCUCAUUUUCAAGCGGUAAAACGAAUUCUUCGCUAUGUAAAACACACUCCAGCUUUUGGCUUAAGUUUUACAUGUAGCUCUUCGUUUUCUCUUGUUGCAUAUUCUGAUGCCGACUGGGCUCGUUGUGUUGAAACUAGACGAUCUACUUAUGGCUAUUCUAUUUUCCUUGGCGGUAAUCUAGUAUCUUGGAGUGCCAAGAAACAACCCACGGUCUCUCGCUCUAGCUGUGAAUCCGAGUAUCGAGCUCUUGCAAAUACAUCUUCUGAAAUGGGAGCUUGUUUCCAAUGGUCAGCUAGAGACUCAAUUCGUAUCAUCAGACUUACAGGUUGUAGACAUUUUAACGAAAGCUCUCCAUCGCCCUUUGUUUGUAUUUUUCAGAGACAAGCUCCGCGUUAG